CAGUUGGCAAUGCUGUCGCUAACUUCUAACAUCAUUAUAACCUCGCCUGUUUUGUUAUUAUUCUCAUUUGCUUGCUUGUUUUAGUAUCAGUUAAAUUCACUGCAGUCGCCUUGUUUUGUCGUUUUGAAAUGUGUAUAUAGUUUUUGUAAUAAAAAGACCUAUAUAAGUUUUAUCUGUACCACUGCAUUUUGCUGCUACAGAAAUGAUGUUGGGUUACUCUAGCGCAGGAAUACCGGACAAGUCCUGGCAACCACCAGUUGCCGUUAUAGAAACAACGAUGGGUACUAUGAUUAUAGAAAUGUAUUGGAAACAUUCUCCGCUUACAUGCCGAAACUUCAUGGAACUUAUCCGAAGAGGUUAUUACAACAACACUAAAUUUCAUAGAGUAAUUCGAGAUUUCAUGAUUCAAGGUGGUGAUCCCACAGGCACUGGCAAAGGAGGUCAAUCAAUAUAUGGUCCUCAGUUUGAUGAUGAAAUUACAUCUGAUCUCAAGCAUACAGGGGCUGGUAUCCUGUCAAUGGCUAAUGCUGGUCCAAAUACAAAUGGAUCUCAGUUCUUUAUCACACUAGCCCCUACACAAUGGCUUGAUGGAAAACACACAAUAUUUGGAAGAGUGCAAAGUGGCAUGUCUGUAGUAAAACGAAUAGGCCUUGUUGAAUGUGAUAAAAAUGACUGCCCUGUUGAUGAUGUUAAAAUAGAAAGAGCUUACAUUCCAAAAUAAGAAUUAUUGGCUUGUGAUAAGGACCUUCUCCUCUGGUGUUGUUUGAAAUAGUAAUGAUAUCCAUAUUGUUGGCUAUCCUUCAAAUGGAUGAGUGGCUGUUUUCAAAAGAGAACAAAAUUAAUUUCAUUAUGUAUAAAAUAAAUUUUUUCUCCUCACAA